GCUGAGCGUCCGGAUCACAAAGUCCUGUGAAGUGUCGAACUAAAAAAGACAGAGGGCUGUCGAAGAGGAAGUACUUUUUGAAAUGGAAACAUUUUAGUAAAUAAAGCCAGAACUUUUGCAGUUCAGCGAUAGGACACGCCAUGCCCGCCCAACCCCCUGUGAGGGAGCUGGAGGAGGAGAUGGAGGCGGAAGGAGAGUCACAGCUCCCUGAGGCCAAUGGAGAAGUGGAGGAGUCAAAAGGAAAUGAAAGACGAGGAGGAGAGGAAACAAUGGAGGAAAGCAUGGAGGAGAGGGACAGCGACUUGGAAGACAGUGAGGAGGAGGAAGAAGAGGAAGAAGAAGAGAGCUCAGAAAUGGAUGAUGAGGACUGCGAGAGGAGGCGAGGAGAAUGUCUGGAUGAGAUGAUGGAUCUGGAGAAACAAUUUCAGGAGCUGAAAGAGAAGCUGUUCCGGGAGCGUCUGAAUCAGGUGAAGGUGAAGCUGGACGAGGUGCUGACGGGAAAGGCCGGAGAAUUCCGAGAGCCGCUGGCCACGCUGCAAACCAGCAUGCAGAUACGAACACAAGUGGCUGGAGUGUACAGGGAGCUGUGUCUGCAGGUGAUCAGACACAAGCAUGAAUGUGAAGUGCAAGGAGCCAAGCAGCACCUGGAGAGCGAGCGGACACUACUGUUCGACACAAUGAAGACGGAGCUUCUGGAAAAAAUAAGACGGUUGGAGGAGGAUCGACAGAAUAUAGACCUCACUUCAGAGUGGAGCGAUGAUAUGAGAGGCAAGAAGUGUAAAAGGAAGAACCUGCUGGGCCGAUCGGACAAAAAGAAAAAAGUAGCUCUGGUUUCAGGGCCCUUCAUCGUCUACAUGCUGAGAGACAUCGACAUCCUCGAAGACUGGACCACCAUCAAGAAGGCUAAAGCAGCUCUGUCGCCACUGAAAAAGAAAAUAGACAAGCGGUGAUGAUGGGAGGAUGGCAGCUACGACACCAAACCUCACGCUCACAUUCCCAGCCCCCUCUGCUGACCGUUCGGCCUCUUUCUCUGACUAAAACGCAGCAGGCAGACUGCUGUGGAGUUUUUUCUCUCUCAGUCCCCCCCCCCCACUGCUCAUUAGUUAUCUAUUGCUAUUUAAAAAACGUUCUAAAUGAUACGAAAAACCAUGUAUUUAUAAAAAGAUUUUUAAAAACCGCUGAUUAAAGCUUGAACCUUUUAUGACAGACUUUUUGUCUUCUGUUUAUUUAUUGUCUUGUGUAUUUGUUACAGGACUUAAAAGCCUUUGUCUACAGACAGCUUAGUAAAAUGUCCUAAUCUGUGAUAUGUUAUUUAAACUCGAAUUAAGCCCUAAUCUGUGCAUUUACUAAUGAAAAUAAACCAUUAGAAUCUGA